AUGGAAAUGUUUCGUGCUCGGGCGGGGCGGCCGAUAAGCUCGACGCUCGGCCGUCUAUCGCUCGCGCUCCAAAAUUUCGUGAGCCGAGAAUGGCCAUGGCUGGGGCGCCCGGUUGGGUUAGUGGGCCCAUGGAGCCAUCAAGAUUCGUCCAGCCGGCGCUGCAUGCAUGACGUGAAGGUCGCUUCUCCAACACACUUCUUCAACAGAAGCACCCCCCGCCCCGCCUUUCCCCUUGAGCGACGAGGACGGGAUCAUGUCGGUGCUGCAACUGCCAUGAGUCGACAUGUAGGAACGAGGCCCGGCGCGUUUCUGCGGCGCGCCCUCGCUCCCCAGCCGCCGCGCCAGAGUCCUCUUCCCCUCCCACUCCCCCUCCCUCUCCCACGCUUCGACCUGGCCAGCCAUGCGGCGCUGCUGUGCGGGAACGGGGCGAGCACACGGGCCGUAGCAUCGAAUGCGCACUGCCACCGAACACGCUCGACGGCGACACGCUCAACCUCUUUCUCAGCACCCGCUCGCCCGUCACAUGUCAAGACACCACUCGCACACCUCCUUCGCCCUGCCCCGCCCCGACCCACGCCCGUCCAGCAGAGCGUCACCCUCGCCGUCCUCGCCGCCUGGAGCAGAAAUGCCUCGACGCGCUCGUACCAGGCGCUGCGCAGGAGCAGGAGUGGCGACCGCCGCAGCAAGAGCUCACUCACAGAAGGCCCGUCCAAGAGCAAACCCAGCCAGCCAGGCCAGCCAGGCCAGCCAACGCAGCCAAGCCAGCCAAACCAGCCAAACCAGCCAAACCAGCCAAACCAGCCAAACCAGCCAAACCAGCCAAACCAGCCAAACCAGCCAAACCAGCCAAACCAGCCAAACCAGCCAAACCAGCCAAACCAGCCAAACCAGCCAAACCAGCCAAACCAGCCAAACCAGCCAAACCAGCCAAACCAGCCAAGCCAGCCAACACAGCCAAACCAGCCAAACCAGGGCGCACCGUCUGCCCCAGAAACAAAACACGAUGACACCCACACCCUCCUCCACCACCUGCCCCACGUCCCGCACAUCUACCGUCCCACAAAGGCCGAGCUGCUGGCUGCCGCCUCCGGCUUCUGGUCGCGCAUGAAGGUCCGCUUCAAGUGGCUCACCAUCCGCAGCAACCGCAACUUCAACGCCGACGAAAUCUACGCCCUGUUCUCCUGGAUCCUGGCUGCCCACGUCGCCUGGGUCAUCCUCGGCACAACCACCUUCUUCAUGCUGACCGUCUUCCUCAUCAACACCGCCUUUUCCCAGGAGACCCUCGCCAAGUGGAUCGGCAACUACCUGACCCAGUCGUCGGGCAUCAAGGUCGUCUUCGAGACGGCCGUCGUGCCCAAGUGGAAGGACGGCGUCAUCUCCUUCCGCAAGGUCUUCGUCUCGCGCCGUCCGGGCCAGGGCCGUGGGAAGGUCAGCAAGGGCUCGCAGACCUCGGCCGCCGCCGAGGCUGCCAUUGCACAGCAAGAAAAGGACGGCCCCGUCGAGGAUGUCGUCGAGGAGGACACCAACUACACCCAGUUCGACGUCUCCAUCGACACCGUCAACGUCACCCUCUCCUUCUCCAAGUGGUUCAACGGCAAGGGAAUGCUCAAGGACGUCGAGAUCAAGGGCAUCCGCGGCGUCAUCGACCGCACUUCUGUGCACACCGUCCAAGGCGUGGACCCCCGCUCCUACAAGCACGAGCACAACCCCGGCGACUUCGAGCUCGACUCCUUCAAGAUGGAGGACCUGCUCGUCACCAUCUACCAGCCCGACGGCUUCCGCCCCUUCCCCGUGAGCAUCUACUCGUGCGACCUCCCCCAGCUGCGCAAGCAGUGGCUCUUCUACGACUUCCUCUCCGCCAACAUGAUGUCCGGCUCCUUUGACAACUCGCUCUUCACCAUCCACCCACGCCAGACCCACAACUACACGGGCAUGCAGCUCUCCGACGGCCGCGACACAGACGACGGCGCCACCUGGAAGAAGCACUCCCGCAUCCGCAUCGACGGGCUCAACAUCGACCACCUGAACCGCGGCUACGACGGCCCCUUCUCGUGGAUCCACGAGGGCAACGUCGACAUUGUAGCAGACAUCAUGCUGCCCAACGACGACGACGAGAGUCUCGCCAAGGUCAUGAGCGACAUGUACGAUCGAGUGGAAGCCACUGUCAGCCAAAACGGACGGGCCGUCAAACAUCACUUCUCCGACCACGCCGCCCACGGUUUCGAUCACCACGACGAUGACCACCAUGAAGAGGAGACGAAUGAAGAAGACAAUCGCUUCAUCAUCAUGGACCUGCGCGUCCACCUCAACGACGUGCGCGCUGCGGUGCCCAUCUUCACGCGCGACAUCUCCUACGUCAACAACGCGCUCGUACGGCCAAUCGUCGCCUACAUCAACUCGAAGCGCACCUUCAUCCCCGUCAACUGCAGAGUAGUGAAGCAGGUCGGCGAGUUCGACGGCAGCUGGACCCUGUACGACAGCGGGCUGAUGGAGGAAGUCUCGCGCGAGGUGAGUCUAAAACAUUCAACAACACAUACCUCGAGUACUGACCCCCACCCAGAUGUACGACGCUUUCGCCCGCGACGUCCUCGACGACCGCACCGUGCGCAAACGCCGCAUCAAAAAAGUCGGCAUUUGGACCCUGCAGCUAGCUGCCCAGGCGCUGUUCCUCGGCCUGGCUGGCAACAUGGCGUAAUCGCUUGCUUCACGACGUGA